CUCGCCGUCGGGGCAGUCCCGGGUCCCGCCGCGGAGCCGAUGCACGCCCGCUGAACGCCCAGCCCGGCGCGCCAUGGCCGCGCUCCCUGGGCCGCUCUGGCUCCUGGGCCUGGCACUGUGCACCCUGGGCGGCGGCCCCGGCCCGCGCCCCCCGCCCGGCUGUCCCCAGCGUCGUCUGGGCGCGCGCGAGCGCCGCGACAUGCAGCGCGAGAUCCUGGCGGUGCUCGGGCUGCCCGGGCGGCCCCGGCCCCGCGCACCACCCGCCGCCUCCCGGCUGCCCGCGUCGGCGCCGCUCUUCAUGCUGGACCUGUAUCGUGCCAUGGCCCGCGACGACGACGACGACGCCGGGCCCCCUGAGCGGCGCCUGGGCCGCGCGGACCUGGUCAUGAGUUUCGUCAACAUGGUGGAGCGCGACCAUGUCCUGGGCCCCCAGGAGCCCGGCUGGAAGGAGCUGUUCUUUGACCUGACUCAGAUCCCAGCAGGGGAGGCGGUGACAGCUGCCGAACUCCGCAUCUACAAGGAGCCCAGCGCCCUGCUGGCCAACAGGACCCUCCUCGUCAGCACCUUCCAGGUGGUCCAGGAGCACGCCAACAGGGAGUCUGACUUGUUCUUUUUGGAUCUUCAGACGCUCCAGGCUGGGAAGGAGGGCUGGCUGGUGCUGGACGUCACAGCGGCCAGUGACCGCUGGCUGCUGAACCGUCACAAGGACCUGGGACUCCGCCUCUAUGUGGAGACGGAGGAUGGGCUCAGCGUGGAUCCUGGCCUGGCCGGGCUGCUGGGGCAGCGGGCCCCACGUUCCCGCCAGCCCUUCAUGGUCACGUUCUUCAGGGCCAGCCCGAGUCCUGGGCGUGCCCCUCGGGCCCUGAGGCCCCUGAAGAGGAGGCAGCCAAAAAGAACCAACGAGCUACCGCACACCCACAAGCUGCCAGGGAUCUUUGAUGCUGUCCAUGGCUCCAGUGGCCGGCAGGUUUGCCGCCGGCAUGAGCUCUACGUCAGCUUCCGGGACCUUGGCUGGCUGGACUGGGUCAUCGCCCCCCAGGGCUACUCAGCCUAUUACUGUGAGGGUGAGUGUGUCUUCCCACUGGACUCCUGCAUGAACGCCACCAACCACGCCAUCCUACAGUCCCUGGUGCACCUGAUGAAGCCAGAUGCAGUCCCCAAGGCGUGCUGCGCACCCACCAAGCUGAGCGCCACCUCCGUGCUCUACUACGACAGCAGCAACAACGUCAUCCUACGGAAGCACCGCAACAUGGUGGUCAAGGCCUGCGGCUGCCAUUGAACCUGGCUGCCACCCACUGCAGCCAGUGCUCCCCAAUCUCUCUCCAUCCGAGCCAGGCCCCCAGGGGACUUAUGGCCUCUACCCAGGCAAGGACAGUCUCAGACCCAGCCAGACAUAGUUGGUGGGGAGGGUCCUCAAGCCUCCUGUUCCUGCUUCUCCCUUCUUCCUGCCAGGGUUUAGACCCCUGGGGGCCUUCAUUUUCCCCUUCUUCUGCUUGAAGGUGCUGAGGUCAUCCUGCCACCAGGCCUGGCAGUCUCAUCUAGUGGUGUCCUACUCCAGCCCCCUACGCCCCCUAGGUGUGGACUGUUGUCUCUUUAUGGCUGGCAAGUAACCCCUGCCUGCUGACCUAGUUAUAUCCAGUACUGCCCAGACUGCAGGCAGAUGCGGGAUGAUUUGGGAAUUACUUGGAGCCUGGGACUGACUGCAUGGGCUUUGGUGGAGAUGGGGUUUGGGCUGUCCUUGGGUUGCCCUCUGGGAGUUUUUGCACCUGGGAGUUUUCUCGAGAAGAAAGCUGAAUCAGGGACUGCCCUCAGGGCUGUGUCUUCAUGUAUCUGAAUCCAAAGCACUGGCCACAGAUGGACAGGUGGGGCUCGCUCAGGAGAAAGCUCAGUGGACAAGAUGGGUUAAUUCAAAAGCCAAGGGUCCGUACUACCCAGGGCUUCCUGCCUUGGGUCAGCUGCUGGCUGCCACAGGGCAGAACAUGCUGAAUAUGGACAUUUUGCUUUGGAGAAACACACAUCCUGGCUUCCAACUGACUGAAGUCUCUGUGCCUGGGCCCACAAGGGAAAGGUCCCAUUUCAUUGAGCAUAGUGGCAUGGGUGGCCCGCCAUGAUGGUAUGCUGCAGAAUACCCCGAUCUCCAUUCCCUUCUGUAGGCAGACAGCAAUAAUCCAUCCUGACACUCCUUCCAAAUCUGAACUACAUUUGCCCAUGUCAGCACAGGACUUCAGCAUCCACUGCCAACUGAUUGGCCCCCAGGAAGUGCAAACUAUGUGCUGUCCUCUGCCACUAGUGAUGCAGCCUCUGGGCAGGCCUGGCACAGGGCCAGGGGCUUGUCAGCACCUGCCGUGGGUACCAAGUUGUCAAAAACAAGGCUG